AUGCUCCCUCUCUUCCUUGGAAGCGGCGCUUCAUGGUGGGGACACGCACACAUGAUGAUUGGCCGUAUAGCAGAGUCAUUGCUUACUUCCAAAGAGAAAAAGAAGAUUGAAGCCGUUCUUAGAUACGGACAACACCCAAUACAGACAAUUACUGAAGCAACAACAUGGCAAGAUGACCUCAAAGGCACAUACAGCCUCAGUGUAAUGGAAACUUGGCACUUCUUAGACCACCCAAUCAACAAAGGAAAAAAUACUUCCAUUCCACCUCCAACCUACAACAUUACUACUUACAUGGAUUCGGCUUACAGGGCUCUCAAAGAUAAGACAACAACAGAUCCAUGGGUUUGGGCCUUCCAUCUCAGAAGUUUAAUCCAUUUUGUUGGAGAUGUACACACACCACACCACAAUGUCGCCUUAUUUAAUGACUUGUUCCCAACGGGCGAUCACGGUGGCAAUCUUUACAUAUUAAACUGCAAUCUUGGUUCAGGUUGCAAUAAUAUUCACUUCUUGUGGGAUUCUGCUGGCUUCUACUUCCCAAUGCGUAAUCCAGUCAUUCCUAAGUAUCGUGAUGAGUUCCAAAAGAACGCUACUAAGUUAAUCAACGAAUUACCUCAAAGCCACUACACAUCUCAGAAUAUGGAUGUUAAAACAUUCCAUCCAGAGGUAUGGCAUAAUGAAUCUUACGAAGUUGCUUAUAAUUUUGGUUAUAAUACAACAAUGUACGGUUGGCCUUCAAAAGAUUACUUCACAACAGUACAGACACAGAGCAAGGAACGCAUUGCUAUCAGUGGAUACCGUUUGGGAUACUUCCUUAAAGAAGUUGUCGGAAAUAUUCCAGUUGAACCGACAUCUAACACUCGUGAGAUCGUUGUUUGGGUCGUUGAUGUCGUACUAAUUGUUCUUGCAUUGAUAUUCGUCAUUUUGGCGAAGAAGAAAGAUGUUAAAUACGCUCUCUUUUAA